GUGACAUCAUCUGUGUCCAAUAAAAAGCAGUGCUAAGCCUCUUCCUAUUUCUAAGAUAAUCUGUGCUGGAGCGGGCUGCAACCACACAGGCUGAUGUUGGAUCUGUGCAUCUGGGGCAUGCGGAUCUCAGAUAAGGGCUGCUGUCGUCACUCACCACGCACGCCGACCGGCGGCAUCGGUUUGAUGAUGAACGCGCGUAGACAGUGACAGCGCAUGCGGUAGAGAUGAAUCGCCUCGCUUGCAGAAUCAGGGAACAGAGGACAAAGAUUUCUCACAGGAGCGAGCUUGGAGAGAGGGCAUGCCGGUGAAGCUGCAGAGGCUGGCAGUGCCAUGAGUCUGCCCAGGAUAUGCAGCUCGGCCUGGGGGAACCGCAGCUCACAGACCCCUACGGACCGGUUCCUGUCAGGCUCCGGGCCCAUCCGGGCAGUUUCCCGGCAGGACCAGGCCAGUCAUGGCCAAAAGAGAUUACCUGGUAGACGCAGCCAGGCAGAUCCGCAUGGCACUGGACCGGGAAGUGAAUGAAGACUACGAGGCAGCGUUCAACUACUACAAGAACGGGGUGGAUCUGCUUCUGAACGGAGUACAAGUAGAUCCAAAUAAGGAGCGGCGAGAGGCAGUGAAGCGGAAGACCACUCAGUAUCUGAAGAGAGCAGAGGAGAUUUUCAACUCUCACCUACAGGGCACCCUAGGAAGUGGAACUUCCUUAUCAGGGGGUUACAGCAGCCUGAGAUUUCGGCCAAUUAGAAACCUCAGCUCACCCGUGGAGGAUCUGAAGAUGUGCAAAGUCAUUGGGGUCCUUGACAAGGUCCUCACAGUCCAAAACCUGAUUAGCAAGGAGACAUUUGUUGUCAAAAGCUUGCCCAAGUCGAGCUGGGAGAGCCGGGACCAGCCCACCAUCAUUCCCCAGGGCGUGCCCUUCAUGGUGAAGCUCCUGAGGUACUACGUGAGUGAAGAUGCUGUGUACCUGCAUCUGGAGCACAUUGAAGGAGGUCGGCUCUUCUCGAAACUACACAAGUCUAGAAGCGACAAGGUGAAAGAGCACCCCGAAUGCUGCAGCCCCAACCAGAGUAAGAUUCGACUGAAGACCAGCUACACCGCCCCCACCAUCAGCCUGGACUACCAGCAGGGCCACACAGGUGGUAGGGCCUCGGCACCGCUGUCGGAGGAGGGGGAGAGGUGGCAGGACCGAGUGGAGAGCCCGGACACCGACUCCCCGGCGUCCUGGGACGAGGCCCGCCGUCGCCUGGAGAGCUGCCGGACCCACUCGUACUGCGAGGAGACGGGCUGCCUGUACAGUGCCAGGGCCGGACCCCGACAUCUGGACUCAGAGCCAACCCAGCAGCCCGGAGAGCUGGGCUCAGACAACCCAUCACUCAACACUAACCCUCUUUCUGAAUCUCAGGAAAACCCACCUCUUCCUCCUCAAUGCUGCUACACGAGAGACGCCCGUGAGACUCCACAGUGCGCGAGGACUGUCCCGGCACAGGAAGCCAAGAAAGCCGAGUCCGGCUUGGACUUCGACAUUGCGUGGAAGUGGAAUAGCGCUGAUCCACCUCGGGACUGUGGGGGUGUUACCACUGAUUUAUCCUCCGAUUUAAGCUCUGGCAUAGUGGGAGUCAACAGAGUACCUCAGAUGACUCAGUCCUUUGCAGCCGACAGAGGUACAGAGAAGGAUACGAACCAAGGCGUUACAUUACAUUCGGAGAAGAGCUGCACCGCUCCUACAUCACUGCGGUUACCUUUCAGCAACCACAUUCAGGAUAUGGGCGCGGAUGCAGAAAAAUGCAGUGACUGCAGUGUAAAGGAACAUGUGGGCAGCACAACAGGCCUGGUUCUCACCAUGCACAAGAUCAGAGAGGGAGGGGAGGCGGCCGAAGGGAAACCCGCAGAGAAGGCCGGUUUAGACGCCGUGGCCACAGCCGAAAGGUCACAGUCUGUCGCAGCUCUCGCGACCAGCACGGGUCCGACAGAGAGUGCGACACCCUCAGGGAACUCUCGGUCACGGGCGGUCCCUCUUUGCCACCCUGCGGAGCUCCAGCAGGGGACCCCGGCAGGCACUUCUCCAGACGCCACAGGGGUCCUCAAGGUGCCCGCUUCCAGGAACAGGAGGUCUGAGGAGGAGGGGUGGGAGGUGUUGAGCCCCCUGGGUAGAGACGCCUCCCAGAGUGGGCAGAAAAGGGAGUCUCAGGGGGCUCCGUAUACAGCCACCUCAGUGGCUGCUUCCCUCCAGGGUGAGAUGGUGACCCCCGAUGGACCAGCCGUGGAUCAGCCCAUCGAGGUGGACGGCUGGUGCCUUCUGCCUCGCUUUUCGGCCAAGAGGCCCACAGGGAGGGCCAGGCUGGGCUGCUGGGGGCUCCCCGAAGGACAGGUGCGGCUGUGGGGGGCCGAGAUCCUGCUGAGCCUGGAGAGCCUGCACCAGCAGGGCAUUCUGUGUCGGGACCUCAACCCCAAGAACAUCCUGCUGGACAGCAACGGAAAGGCCUGCCUGACAUAUUUUGGUCAAUGGACUGAAGUGCAGACUGAGAUCAGUACCAAAGCCAUGGAGCAAAUGUACUGUGCCCCAGAAGUAGGAGGUGUGUCAGAACUCACAGAAGCUUGUGAUUGGUGGAGUCUGGGAGCCCUGCUAUUUGAACUCCUGACUGGAAUGCCCCUCAGGCAGUGCCAUCCUGCAGGAGUCCUCCCUCACACCCAGCUCCUCAUUCCAGACGACCUGAGCGCUGCUUCAGCCUCCCUGCUCACUGAGGUGAGUGUGGCGCCCUCUGCUGGUCUGAAUGCAGUUAGCGAGUCUGCCCUUUUCACGUGGAAGCCCACACGGGACCAACCACUCCACUUCUGCAGUUCGAUGCCGGCUAUCGCUUGGGUUCCGGGGGAGGCGGCGUGAGCGACAUCAAGUGUCACCCCUUCUUUAGUCCUAUCCCUUGGAAUGCGCUCAACAACUAGCCAGGCAGCCUCAAACAAAAUGGCCGAAUGUCAGAAGAGUGGAGCCACUGUAGGUCCUGCAGCAACAACAUCCAACCAUCCUCGAGUGGCCAAAGAACCAGUCCCCUCAGUGCAGUGCAUCCUGCUACCUGUGGUUCUCAGCAUUACCCAUCCUCAACUGAGUGACAGGGGACUGAAAAGGCUUAUUUGGGACAGAGACAAAGCUAUGGAAGUUGAUCUGUUUUCAGAUCAGGAAUUUCAAGGUGAAGGCCCCAAUUUAACACAAUGAAAAGUGUUAGAUUUAGGUUCUGUCAAACUGGCAGCCAAUGCCUAUACAAAGAUUAUAAAAGAAGGCAGAAUUACAUUUUGGGAUAGAUUUGCACCUUAGAAUUGGAAAAAAUGUGGGACUAAACCUAUACAUUUGCAUUUAAGUAUUUAUAAUUUAUUAUUGAGAAAUAGACAUUUAGAACAUUGGCAUUGCACUGUAACUCCCACUUCGAUAUAUCUACAAACCCAAUGGCACUGACACACAUCAAUACGUGUGACAAUGACCAAAUAAGGAAGAAUUCGAGAAGACCACUUCAGCCCAGGUGGAAACGAUGACUUGAGGUUUCUGGGGGAGAAGAAAGCACGCGAGAACGAAAACCAUCUGGUUUAUAUUUGGCUCUCCUCCUUCCUAGUGCCACAGGUUGUACUUCCUCUGAUUCAGUUUGCAGCUUAUCACUCUUCUACCCUGUGGUCGUCCUCCCUGUCACACCUCCGUCACCAAGACCAAAUUUGAGUGAGUCUGACCUGAAAAGACCUUCCUAGCACUGUGCGAGUGAAUUUUACUUGUGUUCCCCAGAGCUCACCACAAAUAUGCUCUGAGAUGUUUUCAGCAUUUUAUCAUGCCAGGUCUAUUUUACCAUGAACUGAACUGUAACACCAUUACAGAUUCAUCUGCGCAAUACAUCCAUGUACUGAUUUUUGUAACCAUUUUUCAUAAGAACUGUAAUGUCUAUCACACCAGUACAUUACUGUAUAUGCAGGACCUUGUUACUUGCAUACAGGCCGUGAAGAUAUAUGGAUUUAGCAUAAGAAAGGCGAUUUGAACGUGUUGAUGCCUCCUACUUUUUCUCUGCAUGCUGUAAGGAACAGUUUUAGAAGCAUUUCCUGUCUACAAGAGGUAUAUUUUCUCUCCUUUAAAACUCCCUGACAAGAUGCACAUGGACAACUGGACUUUGUGACAAUUUAUGACAUUGUUUAAAAAAAAUAAACAUUUUAAAAAACA